UGGUUCUACACGUUGCAGUUUAUUUUUUAGUUUAUUUCCUCUUCUUAAUGUUGUAAAACUUCUGUUGAUUGUAGAUUAAGUUGUAUAAGUAUCAAUUUUAAUAAGCAUGGAUGAGAACAUUAUUCCAACUUAUUUUUUCGAACUGGAAAAUGGAGAUGAUAAUAGAUGUCAUGCGUUCACUAAUAACAUAAAUGACGAAAGUCAAAACUUAGAAGAGAUCAAGGAAGUGGUUGAUUUCAAAUGCGAAACCUGCAUGAAAUACAUGCACCCUCCAAUUAUAACAUGUGAAAGCGGCCACAGCUUCUGUGAAAAAUGCUUGGAUCAAGAAUUAAAUUGUCCUACCUGCGGAGCACCCAAAAAAGAAACUAGAAACUACACUGUGGAACGUUUGUGGGAGAACACGAUUUUUUCUUGCGAAAAUAAAAGUUACGGUUGCCGUGUGACGGGGACAGGACCAGAAGUUUCUCAACAUCAGAAAGACUGUAAUUAUAAGCCGGAACCUUGCGUUUACAGUCAAAUCGACGGUUGCGACUGGACUGGUAGCCCUUUUACGUUCGACGCACACAUGAGAAAGAUACAUCCCGAUACCUAUCCGUCCAAUAUUGGUAAAUUUAAAAUUGGAUCCUUACAAUUUAUGUCUAGCUCUGCUAGUGGAUUAUGUAAAAAAUUUUACACUGAUAAAGAACUUUUUUUCUUUCGCUAUUUUAUUACUAUGGGACGUAUUAAAGCUUGGAUUGUUAAAAUGACAAAUUUCACAAAGAAAGAUUUUAUAUAUCGAAUUACCAUUUCUCAUAAAGACAAACAAACCGAAGCUAUUAAAAUUGAAUGUCCUAUUUCAUAUACAAGCGACAUCGGUUGUGUUGAUACCUUGCCCCAUGUUUGUUGGCUGACGAGGUAUAUUAAAGAAUUCGGCAACGAAAAUGGUGAUGUCUUUUUAAGUUGUACAAUAGAAUCACAAACUCCUCAACAGCAAUAAAUGAAAAUGACGAACUUCUAUAUAUAAAAAAUAUAAAACUUGUUUAAGAAUAAUUGAAGCAUGAUAUUUAAGUUUACACCUUUCUUUGAGGAUUUAUACACAUUUAUUGGAAUUUUAUCAAUAUCAUUUUUUACAUGUCAUACAAUAUUUGUUGUAUUUUUUUAUACCCCUGAUGUACUUUUAAACCAUUUGAAAUCAAAUGCAAUUGGUUUGCUUUUUGUUGUGUGACUACGUAUUAACAAAUCAUGUGUCAAUAUUUAUGUUAAAAAAUAAAUAUGUAUAUUUUUAUAUGAGAAUACAAUACUUAUAAUUUCA